GACACUCCCCACCCAUUGUCUCUGUCGGUCAUGGAGCUUCCCGUGGCGGUCUCACCCGCGUGUCAGCCGCCCCCGCUGUCACCUCUAGCGCUGGGCGGCGGCAGCGAGAGUCACGGCCCCGAUGGUUGGGACGCAGAAGACUUCGACUUCGAAGAGCUUUUCCGAGAUGCGGAGGAGAUGGGGGCCGGAACGGCCAGCAGCGACGGCAACCCGGCCGCCGCCGCCGCCGCUGCCACCGGCUCGCCCGUCGACAUGAGUGACAUCGACCUCAGCCUCAAGGCCGAGUGGCUCGAGAGGGACGCUCUCUCUCCCGCAAUGCCGACUCCGAUCACUGCUGCUGCUGCUGUUGAGCCAACAAGCGGCGGCACCCCCUCGCCCGCGGCGGACGUGACCAGCCACACCGUGAGCGAGGGCGACAUCAGUGCCGGUGCCGGGAUGGCCACGCGUACCGCUACCACCACCACCACCUGGUCCACCACAAGCGUGUCCGAAGAGAGCGACGAUGGCGGCAGCAGCUGCAUCAUGGGAGGCGGAGUUUCCCCCGCGCGUUCCAACGACAGCGGCAGCAGCAUUCAAGCACCCAGGAGCACCGUAAGCGAAGCUAGCACCGCUGCCGCCUACGCCGCGGCCGCCGCCGCCAGCAACAACAGCAAGCGCCUGCUGGCCGUGAGCUCGGGCGCGGGCACGCCGAUCCUCCCUCUCGCCUUCACCCCCAGGUUCAGCGGAACAAGCAACUCUAGCGCCGCCGCCGCCGCCGCCGCCCUAUCCGCCUUCCCCGCUCUCAACUUCAGCGGCUUCCAAGCGGCAGCCGGGCAGGCGUUGAAGCGGCUUCGAGGAGGGGAUGCGCCAGCGGGUGCCGCUUCGGGGCAACCUUGUGCUGGAGGAGGGGCGGCGGCUGCUACGCCGACGCGGCUGCUGUCGGGCGGCGAGGGCGGGGCGGGUCGGAUCACGAAGAGGGCCAGGCGGGAGGAGAGACUCAUGAAGAACAGGGAGGCGGCGAACAGAUCGAGAGUGAAGCGCAAGGAGGUGCUGAGCGAGCUUGAGAACCGUGCGGACACCCUCUCCAAGAGCCUGGCGGCGUCCCGCGACGAGACCGCCUCCCUCAAGCAAGAGAUCGCCUCCCUCCGCGAGCAGAACUCCUUCCUGCGGGGCAUGCUCUCCGCCCAUGGCAGCGCCAUCGACCUCCCUCCUAUCAUGCCCAGCGGUGCUUCGUCGGACAGCCUCAGGUCACACCGCAACGGCGGCGGGCGUGGCGCCAGCGCCGCCGCCGCCGGCGCUAGCGCUAUCAUCGGGGCCGUCGGCACCGGCCUGGCGGUGAUCAGCUGUGUCGCUCUCUCUGCGGCCGGGUUCGGGGGCGGAGGCGGGGGCGGGGGCGAGCCGCGCGCGGGCUACAACGGUGGGUUUGGCGGCGGCGGCGGCGACGGCCGGGGUGUCGGAGAAAGCGCUUACGCCAGCCGUAGCGGGUUCGGCAGCAGGAGCAUGGGCGGAAGAAGGACGCUCUUGUCUGUUGACGAAAGCGACUCUUUUGACUCUUAUCCAUCCGGCGUGGAGACUUAUUCUCAGCUCGGCUUCGGCGGCGGCGGCGGCGGGGCAUACGUUGUGGGCGGCUUGGUGGUAGUGGCGCUUUUUUUCUUCGUUGCCCGCUGGACAUUCCGCAAGGCGGCCUCGCACCGCCGUGUCGCCGGUCGUGGAAGGCGCGGCGGCGCGUCGAUGAUGGGGAGCAGGGUUAGAGGCGGCGGCGGGUUUGAUCACCUUGGGGGCGUUUGGCUCAUAGACAGGCUGUUCGGCAGCGAUAAGGCUGUCGGCAAGCUCAUGUAGCAGAGUUAAUUUCGUGCGCAAGUUGAGGACCCUGAUUGCUGAACGGCAGAGUUUCAGUUUGUCGGUACCUGGACCAUAGCAUGAGUUUUUUGUUCCAAGCUGUGUCCCUGUCGGAGUGUCAUGAUCGGGCAAGCACCACACAAGGAAAGAGGAGAACUAGAACGCCUUUCUGUGUGGCAAAGCGUGUACCUUAGUUACGGUCUACAAACGGGCGUCCUGAGUGAUUGUGGUAACAGCACAAGAGAAAAAGCACACCGAUGCACGUUCCAGUCCAUGUGCCCUGUUGACGCUGUUGUUUUGCGCCAUGUUGUGUUCGAUCUGGUUUGCCGUUCUUCCUCUUUGUUUUUUUGUGUUAGUCGAUGCUCUUGGGCAUCGAAACAGUGAAGUGAUUUUGUUCUUCUUCCGUCGUGCAGUAUUUUUUAAGGUCGCGUUUGUUUAUAUCACCUCGUUCCUAAUGCGGUAGAGUCGUCCUUCCUGUGUACCAUAGCAUAGCACUGCUUCCGGAAAGAGGCGCACGAGAUUCCCGACGGUCGUCAACAAAUAUUUAUUGUCGUACCUAUAAACAUAUUGUUGUUCUCUUUGUUAUGUUUUUGUCGGGUGUUACAUAAUUACACAAGGCUUUGUUUUUUGGGUCUGCUUCCCGUCCUCCUGUCGGAUGGAGGAUGCGUGCUGCUAGGUCUGUCAGAGGAGUUUGGGAGGACAAGCGCAUAGUCUGCAUGACAUGUAUAUACAAUAAAUGGAUGUUUGAAAGGUUGCUGAGUGCAUGUGGCUCAGGCAGGGCCCCCCUUGCUAUUGUAGCAGUGCAUAUUCGCACACACACGAGUGAUACCCCGUGAUUAGUGCGCGUCGACAUUCCCCUGCGCGGUCUCCAGAUGCGUUUGCCGUUUCACGCCGUUCAAGUGUUGUUACGCUUACACUUUCGUCCAGCCUGCGGCCGUGCGCCUCAAGGUAGCCAUGAAAAAAAUCAAAACAAUUAGAGAGUCACCAU